UCCUGCACGGAGGCUUCAUUGUGUUCCUCCGCAUUGACUGGAACAUUUAUUGUCUACUCCUAGCAUCCCUCUCACGGUCCUCAUCCCUUGUAGAGUGGCGACGUUGUUCCUAGCUGUUUGGUUUAAGGAGCACGGCCGGCAAACGCCAUGGCCACAACGAGCGCCACACCCCAAACGAUGCAGCCAAGCAGCGAGGGAUUCAUUCCAGGCGAGACGACGAAGAAGAGCUCGACGACACCGGAGGCGGAGCUGCAGCUAAAGAAACGCAGCUUUCGCGAUUACUUCGAGUUUCUCAUGCCCGUCUACCUGCUGCCUUUCGUUUUCGCCGAUAAGGAAGGCACCUGCAUCUACUGCAUCCUGCUGACCGUGGUGGGUCUCAUGGGCCGCCUGCUUCCGCCAGCCGUAGCCGCCAUGCUGCCGAUCGCGAUUCUGCCCCUGGGCGACGUUUAUGACGCAGACGACCUGGCCGCCGAAUACCUUGGCCCUGGUGUACUGACGGCGUCUGUCCUCUUCGCCGUCGCCUUCCUGGGCGACGAGACGACCGUGUUCUUCCGGCUGUGCCUGCACGUCAUUCAACGCUGCGCCCUGCGGAUGCAGCCGCUCUUCCUCUACCUGCAGCUGCUGGUGUUGACGCUGAGCCUGCUGCUUCCCAGCACCCUCAUCGCGAUCUUCAGCACCGUCUUCAUCGACCGCUUCAUCACCACCGUGCACAACGAGAUCGUCGGCGGCGACCAGCGUAGCGUCGUCCGCAUCCAGACAGCCAGCUCGUCGCCGAACUACGUGGAGGAAGUCCGGCGUCCGCUGGGGCGUCGCGGGAGCCGAGUCGCGAAACCGGAAAGGAGGGCCAGGAGCGUGUCCGUUGUCAGCGAGGUGGCAAGCGAGGCGUCUGGCAACAGCUCCUCGACGAAACAGAGCGGAAGGCGCGUGUUGCCGCCCACGCCGACGCACGGACCAGUCGAUACGCCCCGAAGGGAUGGAAAGAAAACUCCUCGCAAGACUUCCUUCGGAGCUUUGGGGCUACGGCGGCGCGAGGACAACCGCGAGAAUGAGUGGUCUCGCUACGUUCCCGUGCGCCGCAUCCACUCCUUCAGUUCGCAGAGCAAGCCGCCGUCGUCCAUCCUGAAGCGCAACGCCAACACGCCAGAGACGUCGCCGCUGUCGUCGCCCUCGCGUCCGGGACAGUCGCCGGUGUCCUCGCCGGUGUCCGCCAUCUUGCGGACGGGGCACCGAGAGGGCAGCCUUCUGAACGGAGCGCUCUCGGCGGCCGCGUCGCCGCAGCCCUCGCCGGGCAGAGAAGUCUGCCACGAUUCUCGCGUCGAGCCGGCCUCCGUUGGGACGAUGCUCACGGCACCGUCGUCCCCGCCCUCUCCUUUCUUCGGGUCUCAACGCGAAGCGCCGCUGUCCAGUUCGUUGACUUGCCCCGGCACAGCGGACGCUCCUACCGCUCGGAAUGGCAGCGUCGCGUCGUCGGCGCUACGGCCGAGCUGCCCGAACCUGGACGCGAUGGUGCCAUCGCCGCCGACGGCCAAGUGCACGAAGGGCGAUGACGCGGCGUCUUCUUCGCCAAAGUUUCUACCGAAAGCGACAGCGAAGCAUGGGCAUGAUGGUCGAGGCGGUGUUUCGCUUCAUGCGGCUCGACACCGGCACCAUGCGUCAUCGGCCAACGAUAAGCGGAAGACAAAGCGAGUGGCUCGGCCGUCAUUCGACAAGAAGACCGAGACACAGCACGAAUUGCGGCGGACGUCUCAGCCGAAGAGCGAGACGGCGCCACCACCGCCCAAGGCUGCGGCGCCAAAACCCGACCCGUCGCCCGAGCCAGUGCCGCAGGAGGCAACAGCGGACCAGCCCCAACCGGAAGCAAAGCUGGAAGUGCGCGGUGUUCUCAAGAAACGAAGUCCGCAGUCUCAGCGCAGCGACAGCGUGUCCACCAGGUCGCCGGAACCGAUCACGCAGGUCGAGAAAGACUUUGGCCUCGGGGCACAGUGUCCGCUCCCCGAGGCAGGACCCGAGCGACCGGCCACCGCGGGGCGGGGCAACCUUAACUCACAGCGCGCUUCCAUGAGCGACAUGAAGUCGCCGACGGAAAAGGGCUCGAGUUCCUUCAUCACGGGAGCAGAGCAGCCGACGUUGUCUCUGCGCGUGCGAGCCCUCACCACCGCUGUGCGCCCUGCGUUCAUCGCCAGCGCCGCCUACACCGCCAUCCUUGGGAACAUCGCGAGUUUCAGCACGCUUCCCGCGCGGAAGACCGUCCUCGUCACUCUCGGCUGCCGCGACGAGCAGUGCCCGGUGAGCUGGUUGAGGUGGCUGGCCGUGUCGAUGCCAGUGGUGCUCACCUGCUGCGCCAUUUCAUGGACGUCCAUCUACUACACCAGCCUCGUCAGCUACGACAACAGCAUCGACGAGCAAACGCACAGAGACAUGUCCAAGUGCGCCAAGGUCCGUCACCAGAGCAUGAAGAGGCACACUAUUCGGGAGGCGUUGCUCUUCUACUGGCUGGUCGGAAUACCUGCCGCCUCCAGCGCUUAUGCAGCCCAGCACCCCGGAAGGUACCUAGAGGGCCCCUUCCUGGGUCUCACACUGCUGGUGCUGAGCACUGCGCCAGGACCAGCGUGGCGCCGCUGCUGGUCCCUUCGCUUGCUGUGCUGGCGGAACCUCUGCUCUCGCAUGCCGUGGGACAUCAUCCUGAUGCUCGGGUCCGUCAUGGCGCUCAGCAGGACGGUGGAGAAGUACCGACUGGUGGAGGUUGGUCUGGCCCAGCUGGACGACCACUUCUGGGCGCAGCGGUCGGCUAAGUCCAGCCAGUUCAUCCUGGUCAGCGUGGCGGCUGUGCUCUCAGAAGUCGUAGUCGGCGAUUCUCUAGCAAGAUCCAUGGCGACCACGGUGGUUCGGGUGGCGGUGGUAACGGAGACCCCGGUAUCGUUCUACGUGGUACCGGUGAGCAUGCUGGCCUCCAUCAACAUCAUGCUGCCCGUAUCGCUCCCGGUGCUGAUGAUGCGCGAAUACUUGCAAGCCAAGGGCACGCAGAUGCUGGCCUACGGCGUUCUGCUCAAAUGCACCGCCGUUGUCGUCAUCUCCAUCUCCAUGAACACCAUCGGCCUCUUCAUGUUCCAAGGCGACCAGCCACCCAUGGCGCGAGCCUUCUACGUUAUCCGUAAUGCCACCGACGCUGACAGGGCAACCCUGUGAUACCCCGUUGUGCGAUUUGUAUAACAUCCACUGCUCGCGUUUUUAUUUACCCUCUGUGAUUAACUGUUCGUAUUGAACGCCUUCUUUCAUUGGUGCGAGAUGUGUCGCCUUCGCAAUGAGUUCACUAACGCGGUCCAAUUUGUAUUCACGUGCGCCCUUUCUUCAUUUGUUUAUUGUUGAUCGAAUGCACCCGAGUAAGGUAGGCUUCAGGUGUGCCGCA